AAUUUGUUUGGGGGCGGGGCUCCUCCCCUCUCCUUGCCGUUCGGGAUUGGGAAUUGUAACUCGUUGUUUGACUCGUUCUCUCUUUCGCUAUCUUUCUCUUUCGACCUUUAAAAAAAAUUCCUUAUUUUAAGCCUCUCCGCGCGUCUCUUUCAUCUCCCCCUCUCUGUUGUUUGCCAUUCAACAGGAUUCAAAGAAACAAAAAGAUCAAUUUUUUCGUCUCUCUAUUUGUUUUUAUUUUUAUUUUUAUUGGUUUGGGAUUUUGGUUUCUGGAUUGGGGGGCUUUGCUUGCACGCGUGCGGUUUCUGGGUAUUUCCUUUACUUUUGAAGGUUGAAUUUUUCCCUGCCUCAUUGGUCUUUGGUCAGAUAAAAGGUGGGACUUGGGUCGUUUUCUUAGGGUUUUCUUUUUUUGGGGUGUAUGAAAUUUUAGACGAAUGAAAGUGGUUGGUGACGGGGUUUCUGGGCCUUUGAACUGUUGAAUGGUUUUUUUUUUCUUGAAUAUUGAAUCAAUAAUUGUGUUGUUUUAUAAUUACAAAUAUUGAUUUUGAGUUAUAAGAUCAAUCAUGACGAAUUGAAACCGAUUUCAGGUAGGUGAAACUGCGUUCCUAUUGGGAUCACAUUUGUCUUUUCUUUUCUUUUCUUUCCUAUUUUAUUAGACUUAUUUGGUUGGUGUUUGAUCUGACAAUAACUUGUGGUCGAUUGCCAAAGUGGUUUACAACUUUUGCUGUUUUGAUCAUUCAAUUCAAACCCAUUUAUAUUUUUCGAUCAAAUUCGACAACAGCACAAAUGGAAAUCUCAAUCUUUCAGGUGAUCAUGGCUCUCUAAGAGAAUAGUCUUAUUUUUCUGGGUUUUGCUAUUUUUUUCCCAACAUUUCUGGAUUUCUAUUUGGGUUCUUUAUGAUGGAUUCAAAAACAAGCGAGGAUGUUGGGGUUGUUAAGGCUCCGAAUGAAUUGAAUAAGCCAGAGGGUUCUGUGAAAUCAAUUGAGAAAGGUUCAGGGGGUAUCAGUAACAAAGACAUGUUUUUUCGAGCUGAUAAAAUUGAUCUCAAAAGCUUGGAUGUUCAGCUGGAGAAGCACCUGAGUAGGGUUUGGUCGAAGAACAUUGAAAACCGGCCCAAGGAAGAGUGGGAGAUUGAUUUAGCUAAGUUGGAUAUAAGGUAUGUUAUUGCGCACGGGACUUAUGGGACGGUUUAUCGUGGCACCUAUGAUAACCAAGAUGUUGCAGUGAAGCUGUUGGAUUGGGGGGAGGAUGGAAUUGCCACAACUGCUGAAACCGCUGCUCUCAGGGCAUCAUUUCGGCAGGAAGUCGCUGUUUGGCACAAGCUUGACCAUCCUAAUGUCACAAAAUUUGUUGGAGCAUCAAUGGGAACUUCAAAUCUUAAAAUUCCUUCAAAGAAUGAUGUUGACAGCUCCAUCCCUUCGAAAGCAUGUUGCGUUGUCGUAGAAUAUCUCCCUGGUGGGACACUGAAACAGUACUUGAUAAGAAAUAGGCGAAAGAAACUUGCUUAUAAAGUUGUGGUCCAACUUGCCUUGGAUCUCUCUAGUGGUCUCAACUAUUUGCAUUCAAAGAAGAUUGUGCACCGUGAUGUCAAAACUGAAAACAUGUUGCUAGAUGCUCACAGAACUUUGAAGAUUGCUGACUUUGGCGUUGCUCGUGUUGAGGCUCAGAAUCCAAGAGACAUGACCGGUGAAACUGGUACCCUUGGAUAUAUGGCACCAGAGGUUCUUGAUGGUAAGCCGUAUAAUAGAAGAUGCGAUGUCUACAGCUUUGGCAUAUGCUUAUGGGAAAUUUAUUGUUGUGAUAUGCCUUAUCCUGACCUCAGCUUUGCCGAUAUAUCAUCUGCUGUUGUUCGACAGAAUUUACGGCCAGAGAUCCCCAGAUGUUGUCCAACUUCUUUGUCGAAUAUCAUGCGAAAGUGCUGGGAUGGAAAUGCAGAAAAACGUCCUGAAAUGGAUGAAGUGGUAAGAAUGUUAGAAGCUAUUGAUACAAGCAAGGGAGGAGGGAUGGUAACCGACGACCAGUCCCCGGGUUGUUUCUGCUUUGCUCCAGCUCGCGGACCCUGAAUUUUCUCAUCUACCUCAUUUGUAUGCCAUUUCUGAAGUCAAGACUUAAGAAUUGUGUAUUUUUUUUUACUGCAAACGAUCUAUGAUACGGUACCGAGCUUGAUGGAGCUUUAAGGUUUUUAAUGUUUACAUCUGAUCUAUGCCAAAUAAAACUGUGUUCGCGGUGA